AUGUCCUAUUGUGCAGGAACAAGAGCGCAUGGGGAGGAUGCUGUGAGUGAAGCAGGGAGGACAGCACCACGGGGUGGUGGCGUGGGCUGGUGGAGGGGAGCAGUGGAGACGUGGUGGUGCGGCCGGGGCAGAGGAGAGUGCACAGGGGUGGAGGAGGAUGCUGAGAGGCAGUGUGUGGUGCUGCUGACAUGUGAGGACACGGGGUGUGGCAUCGCAGAGGAGGAGCAGCGCGACGUGUUUCAGGCGUUCAUGCAGGUAUCGCUCAUGGGUGGCAGCAUUGGGUUGCUCAGCACAGAGGGUCACGGCACCACUCUGCAUGUCGCUCUGCCCAUGCCUGUUGCGCUUGCCACUGCCGCUGCCACUGCCGCUGCCACUGCCGCUGCUGCUGCAGCUGACGAAGGACAACCCAUCAACCGUCCCUUUGUUCUCACCACUCUCAACCCCCCCGUACCCCCCUGUGCGGGCCAGGUGGUGGUAGGCAGCGCCAUCUGCGCCCCUCUGUUCUCACCCCUCUGCACCCCCCUAUACCCCCGCACCCCUCUUAUCACACAGGUGGUGGUGGACGACAACAUGAUCAACCGGCGGGUGGCAGCGAUCACGCUGGCGCGGUACGGGGCGGAGGUGGCGCUGGCAGAGUCGGGCGAGGCGGCGCUGCGCCUGCUGCAGGCGUGCCACUCCUUCCGCCUCGUGGUCAUGGACCUCCUUAUGCCCGGCCUCGACGGCUUCCACACCACCGCCCGCCUGCGCGCAUUCGAGGCCGCCGCCCAGGCGGCCCAAGACGUGCAUCGCAUACCAGUGUGGAGGCCAUGGAGAGGGGCUGGCAGCAGCGGCAACGAAUUCAUGUGGUGGCCAUGUCAGCAGAUGUAG